ACCGGCUGGAGGGACACUACUACGGCAGCUGUGUAUUUUUUCUAUAUCGGAAUUCGCUCUUAUUUUCGGUAAACAUGAGCGGCCCGCUGCUGCCUAGGAUAACACGAGAGUCGCCUCAAAAAGGCAGAAAAAGAAGCUCUUUGAAAUCUCUGGGUCGUAAAUCUAUCAGCUGACCAUGUUCUUCUCGCUUUUGUGCACCCAUGAAGCUGCUACUAUACAGCUGGCUCGUAUCUGUGGUGACUGCUACUGACCCCCUCCAAUACCUGAAUCUGUUCAUCGGUACCGUCAAUGGGGGGCAUACUUUUCCUGGUGCAACGGUUCCCCAUGGUAUGGUAAAAGUAGGGAUGGACACUGAUUCUCCUGGAAACCAUGCAGGGUACGACGGUGAAGGCAUAUAUAAUGUGACAGGUUUUUCUCAGCUACAUCAGUCUGGGACCGGAGGGCAAGUCCCUUUAUCGAACUUCAAGCUUUUUCCCAUUCACAACUGUUCGGCCUUUGAGCAAUGCCUUACGACUAUCGAUUCGAGGAAAACACUGCGUCAUAUACGACCUGAUGGUUCAGUCGAUGAUUAUGCCUCGCCAGGCUAUUUUUCUACUAACCUCUCUAACUCAAUCAGAGUAGAGCUUACAUCGACGCGGCGUACGGCGUUACAUCGAUAUACCUUCCCCGAAGAAUCUACGACACCUAGGAUCUUACUGGAUGUUACGAACGACGGGCAGGUCAGUACCAAUGACAUAACAAUGCUCAUCGACCCCGAGACAGGUCGCAUGACAGCUAGUGGAAGCUUCGCCGACUCGUUUGGAAUAGCUCGCUACAAUGCUUAUGCAUGUGUCGACUUCAAAGGAGAAUUCAGCGGGCCCGUAGAAUACGGUCCAUACAAGAUCAACUAUCCCGAUCUCUGGGGAACAGAUAUCCAACAGCACUAUUACACAUGGGGGUACGAGCACGGUGGUUUAGUCGGGUUUCCCAACUCGGGAUCUGGGCCCACUACCAUUCUAGCACGCAUUGGUAUCUCGUUGCUCACUGUGGAGCAGGCGUGUGAAAAUGCGGAACAAGAAAUUGCGGAUUGGGAUUUUGAGAGGGUCCUUCAGGACAGCGAAGAGCAAUGGCUAAACAUUCUGGGCCGAAUACAGGUCGAUACUGAAGGCGUGGAUGAUAAUACAACGACAUUACUGUACUCGUCUCUUUACCGGACUCAUAUCGCUCCGGCGGAUCUGACGGGUGAGAAUCCUGGAUGGUCAUCCAGUGAGCCGUAUUAUGACUCGUUUUAUUGUAAUUGGGACACCUAUCGAACCCUCUUUCCGCUCAUGUCGCUACAUGAUCCCGAAAGGUUUUCCCUUAUAGUUAGAGGGAUGAUCGAUAUUCAAAAGAACGAGGGCUGGCUUCCUGAGUGCCGUGAAAUGGGAACAAAGCAAUUCGUCCAAGGCGGCAGUCAUGGUGACCCCAUCCUAGCAGAAUUCUUCAUCAAAUAUCAGAACCACACCUCAUCCUUGGGUGUUUCUGACCAAGAUCUGUAUAACGCCCUUCUCGCUGACGCAGAAAAUACCCCUCCAAAUUGGAACAUUCAGGGCCGACAAGCCGACGUGUGGAAGGAGUUCGGUUACGUUCCUUCAAACACUAUGUAUCGUGGUGGCGCGAACACAAAACAGGUUUCGCGAUCUAUAGAGUACGCUUUCGACGAUUUCUCUAUCUCGCAGGUAGCGAAGGAUUUGGACAAGACCGAAGAUGCUAUAAAGUAUACUUCCCGAGCAGGAAAUUUCAUGAACUCUUGGAAUGGGAAUAUCAAUGUCCCAGAUAUAGAAGAGGAUAUUUCCGGAUUCUUCCAGCCCCGCUUCGCAAAUGGAACGUGGAACUACACUGAUCCCCGGCACUGUAGCAUUCACGAUCCAACAGGAUCGACAUGCUUUCUGAAUGCCAUCCGCCGGGAUGGAUUCUAUGAAUCGUCUCCUAUCGUAUAUUCUCAGUAUGUCCCACAUGACACGGCCACGCUCAUAGAGCUGCAAGGAGGCGUCGAUAAGUUCAUCGGACGACUUGACUGGAUAUUUGAUAACGGUUACUUUGAUUCGACAGACGAGCCGUCACAGCAGAUACCUUUUAUGUAUCACUAUGCUGACAAGCCUGGAUACAGUGCGCGCCGCGUAAGAGAGACGAUUCAUAAAUAUUUCAACACGUCUUUGAAUGGUUUACCCGGUAACGAUGAUUCUGGAGCAAUGGGCAGCUACGUCUUCUUCUACCUCGCCGGGAUGUAUCCGUUGCCGGCUACAAAACAAUAUCUUCUUUCUUCUCCGUAUUUCCCCACGAUAUCCUUCUUUAACCCCCUGUUAAAUUCCACUACCAAGAUUGUGAGCAAAGGCUUUGGUAGCGGCAUGUAUGUCAAGAGCGUAACUGUCAACCAAAUUCCAUAUAAAUCAACCUGCUUUCUGGAUUGGGAUGUGUUCACGACGUCGUCAACGGUGGUUUUGGAGCUCACAGACGACGUAGAGGUCAAUUGCGGAGGGAGUUUACCGCCAUCUUUAUCUUCAGGAGGAUAUGACUGACUAACUAUUGUUACAUACUGAUGUAUACGUCCGACGGGGCAAAUAUUAUGUCUACCUUCAAGUUAUCC